CUGUGCACAUGUGCAGUGACCAAGUCGAUAUUUUCCCAUUUUCCUUAACCUUCAACUUCUGUUUACUUGUUUCAUCGAAUAAACCACUGUGAUUUUGUUGUAGUCGAUAUAUUUAUUCAUAUAUGCUUAUAUUAAUGUAAUGCUAAUGGAAAGUUCACCCCAAAAUGUCCAGAUCUGCAAUACCAACCCAGAUGGAUCCAUUUCAAAAGAUAGCAGCGAUUGGAUUAGAAUAGCAGAAGAGGAAUUACAUGAAACUCCUGAUAUUUUCAAACGGGAACUAGCGGCUUUACGUCGUAUGGUUGAAAAUGACACAAAUUUGGCAGUGCCUAACUACGAUCAGUUUUUGGUGAGGUUCCUUAGGGCUAGAAAAUUUGAUAGCAAGAAAGCUUUCCACAUGCUGCAGAGGUACUUUUUGAUGAAAAUCCGAUGUCCAGAACUUUUUGGCUGCCCUCUACCUUCUCAGUGUAGCCACAUAUUUGAUCUGCAGGCACAAAAUUUGCUGCCCCAGAGAGAUCGGUUGGGAAGACGGAUAUUCAUGAUACGAGUAGAUAACUUCGACUCCAACAAGGUGACAAUAGACGAAAUUUUCCGCACCAACGUCUUGGCCUUGGAACACAUCGUGCGCGAGGCGGAAACUCAGAUAGCCGGGAUCGUGGUAAUCCUGGAUAUGGCGGGACUAAGUUUACAGCACGCCAAGUUUUUCACGCCGUAUUACGCAAGGAAAAUGGUGGAGCUGGUGCAGGAAACUUUCCCCCUGAGGUUCAAGGGUUUCCACAUCGUUAACGAGCCGUUCUACUUCGACGCUGUCGUGGCGGUGUUGAAACCGUUCUUGAAGGAGAAGAUUAGAAAGAGGGUGAGUUGGAAAAUGAUGAAAUUUCCUUAA